UGAGCCGUCUUCUCCUCUCUCUCGCACCCAUUUGGAGUUAUUAAAUUAGAUUCAGAGUAGCGCUGUGUGUCUGCUCGGACACCGGGGCAGGUUGUGUAAGUGCUUCACCUCAGUUGAACUUCGGCGCAUCUGUGUUCGUCGGCGGCGAAGGACUCGGCAGCUUUUCCGUGUCCCCGAUGAACUCUGCGAGAUGGCCGGGGAGAGAGACGCGGGCGACGGGGUUUACAGCCUUUCGAGACUCGGGAAGCUCCUCUUGGAGAGUGUCUGUCGAUAUAUCCUCUUUACCAGCAUUUUACAAGCCAAAAUUGCCGCAUUUAGGGAUAUUUUUUGUAGUGUUUUUUUUCUGCUGGGGGAAAAUAAUAGAAAAAAAAAAAACCCGCGGACGAGGAAGAGACCAGCCUACAAACUUCACACAUGAACUUGAGGCAUAACGGAAGAGAGUCGGGCUGAGCGAGGACGACCUGGGAAGCGAAAGACGCUGCAGCGCAGGAAGGAGAUGUGGGCUUACCGUGUGCUGCCGUGGACGUUUUCCAUCGCAGUAAGUCCGCAAAGAACCCCACGGUUUAUCCUGGACGGCCGAUUCCAGUCGCUCCGAAGCGGGCUCAUUAUUUAGGAGUCACUCUAUUUUUUCUGGCUGGAAGUCAAAAUUGAGCUUCAGGUUGAGGAAACCAGAGACGAGGUGAGCUGAUGGAGCGCUCAGACCUGACACUGUGGAGGGGAAGUGACCUGAAAAACUCCAAGUGACGUGCAGGAAGUAGACGGCUGUGUUAAAUUACACUUUUGACUCAAGGGGGUGUGGGAAGGGAAAACAUCUUCACAUUAACCAGUUCAAGCAUGGAACAAACACUGCUGAUAUAAUCAGAUUAAUGAGGGGGGAGGGGGGGAAAUCACUUCUAACAACUUUGGAAAUAUUAUUUUUCUUGUUUAUAUUGUGUUGAAAUGGACUCUGGGUUCAAAAUGUAAGAUGGGUAAUAAAUUAAGUGAACUUAAGUAAAAGAAGAAAUUUUAACAAUCUGAUAAAUUUUGAGGAUUUCAGCGUAUUUACUUAAAAAUAUAACGAAAAUGCAUAAGCUUUGGUGAGAAUAAAAUGAAAAAUUACUCCAAUUGCUGGAAAAAUAAUUGAUUAUUAAAGCUCUAAUGUUUAAGUUCUAUUUAGCAGGGCAUCUUGUAGCUGACCUACAUUUGGCUACUUGGCAAACAUGCUGCUAGUAAUUUGAUAACGUUAAUUGAGUGAUUCUUUAUUUUCCAAAUUUUGAAUCUUUUUUUUUUUUCCAGUUGGAAUUGUGGUCUUAUCUUCCUUUAAGCAUGGAAAAAAUUGCAGCUGAACAUCAGUUUGCAGCAGCAAUUAGAAACAAAUCAGUGCUACUCUAUGCCAAAUCCAGGUAGGAAAACAAUAUGAAUGAUAAAUUUUAGAGGACUCCCAAAUGCCGGCCCUUGCCUGCCUGUAACUAAUGGUUAAAAUUAGUCAAAUUUAUCAUGUGUACGUCUGUCAGUUGUUUUAAGUUGCUGUUUCCACAGGUUAAACUGCAGAGGAUUUACAAGUGGCAGCAGCAAGAGACAGACUGUCCUUUGGGGUGAGGUAGUAGGUUGUAUAGUUUUAGGGUCAUUCCCAAGCUGUCAGAUGACUAUACAACUUACUGUCUUUCCUGAAGUGACUGUGAUGGCUACGUUGUCAUGAGACACCGAGACGUCCUGCAGAUUGACAGGAACAUCCGAUGUUUUUUUAAUGUGAUCAUCUGUGUGCAUCCUGUUUUAUAUUUUUUUUUAAAUCAUUAACAAGCAGAGGCGGUCCUAGCCUGCUUGGCGCCAUAAUUGCAAUUACGUUAUGACAUAUGUUGAAAACAAACAUUCAUUCUAAUGUUAACUUACAACAAAUGAUUUUAUAUCAAAGUAAGCUUUUAUAAUAAUAUAUUAAAGGUUAUUUUUAAGUACAGGAAUAUGUUGAACAGCAGUGUUUAGUCAUGUUAUCACCUCACAGUGUAAUGUUUAAAUUUUUUAAUCAUAGUCUUCUGUUUAAAUGCAUCGAUAUUUUUGUAGUUUUCUUCCCUUUUGGUAGUUGUGCUUCACGUCUUUUGACUUGAGACUCAUGGUGUUCGCACAGGGUGAGGUAGUAGGUUGUGUGGUUUCAGGGUUGUGAUUUUGCCCCAUCAGGAGCUAACUAUACAACCUACUGCCUUCCCUGGAGGGCAGCAAUACAUCACAGGAGCGCAAACCUCUUUAUCAUCUUUCUAAUGACCCUUAAAACACUUGGCACAUGACUGGUAUUCAGUUUCAAACUCGUCUCUGAAUGGGUAAGUGAUGCUGCUUCAUCAUCAGGCGUUUUCACUGAAACAUGACUCCUUGUAUAGAUUGUACAAAAACUGUACGCUUGGUUUAUUCAUUAAUUCGCCAUGUAUUUCUUUCUUAAUUAAAUAAAGAUAUAACUGCGCAAAAAAACGAUUGAAGUCGGGUCUUCUUUCUACAUCAAAGCUAAUUAUUGAAAUAUUUUCUCCUUGAAAUCCUGGCAUGUAAUCCCUUUUAAGUAGCUCAUUAUAUAACAAAAUACUCACAGUAUCUAAGAGGCUUCUGAAGCUUAUUUCCUAAUCUGUCUUUUUUUUUAAUAUUACCCAUCUAUUCAAACAAUUAAUUUCCAGGUUUGAAAUCAAAGAUAAGGAUGGAAAAGUCAAACUUUCAAGAUGGGAUUUUACAUAUUUUGCUAAAAGAUCAUAUCUGGAUUUAAAGCUUAAAAAAAAUCCUCCGAUUUGUUCAGAACCUGAGCAGGGUGUCAAGGUAAAAACCAAAGCAUAGACAGAAACACCCACCUCUUUGUUUAAAACCCACCGAACUGCCUAGCAGGAGUUUGGAAGUCAACAGGAAAAGAUGACAGCCAAAAGGUUUGCAGUUUAAAUCCCAGGAUGGGAUGAGGACACGUUUGAAUCGUUGCCAUGCAUUCUUUCACAGUAGAUGGCGCCAGACGCUGUCCGUGUUUCGAGGGCAUUUCUAUUGAGUCCUGGUCAUCUGCACUAAUGAUUUUUGCUUAAUGAAUCUAACACUAAUGGCAUAAGAGUUGGAACUAUCCAGAGAAUAGUGACAAUUACAAAUUAUAGGAAUAUUCUUCAAGUGGCGAAAAUUGGUUUGCAAGUAUGGAAGGCCAAAAGUGCCUCUAUCCAAGAUAUGUAAAUAUCACCUUCCUAAAAUUAUUGUUUAUGCCGUUGUUUGCCAAAAGUGAUUUGUUUUCCUUUUUUCUUCUUCUUUUAGCCAAAACCACUGUUGGCAAAAAAUGCUAAUUAUUGAAUUAUACUUUUGAAAUUACUUGCUCAAAUUACAAUAUAUUAUAAAUAUGCUAUAUUUUAUGUAAGCAAUAAUAUUUUUUAAAAUUUUGCUAUUUAAUUGAAAGAUAAUUGUUUCAAAGUGGACUUCCUGUGGCGAUGCGACUGUUCUGACUAGCCAGAGUGGCAAAUUUCAUCAUCUCAUGCUCCACUGCAGAACAAAAAAAUAUGAAUAUUUGAAUAAAAUAUGCUUCAAAUGUAGUCAAAACAAUAUUUUUAAUUAUGUAUUCAUCCAAUUACUUUAAAAUGACUUGAUUGUUUAAUGUUUCCAACCAGUUUUAAUCGAAUUAGCCAAGUCAACACUACUGAACUUCCAUAAGUGUACAACUUUAAAUGAUAAUACACAGAUUUAUUAAUUUACUAUUUAAAUUCUAACAUUUAUAGACAACAAUUUGUUCAUCCUUAAAGUUUAGUCCCUCUCUCCAUAAAUAAUUACAAUAUUUGAGUACUUAUGCAUACUUAGUCUAAUUAUUCAUUGGAUUUUCCUCGUUUUUUCUUUUUUUUUUUUUUUUCAUUUGCUCUUAUUUUUAAAGAAUAAUAAGUCACUUAACAAUUAUUUGGGGGUUUUGCCCUCCAUAAAUUAUUUGCGUAUUUAAAUUUAGUCAGAAAUGUAUAGUCUAUUUAAUUCCAGUUUAAUUAAACUGUGGCAUUUUUGGUCCUCCAUAAUUUAGACAACACGGUAACCGUAGCCUAAUCAAAAAUGAGUUUGUAGAGUUUUGUGAAUUAUUAUUCAAAUGAACUUAUUUAAAAUGUAAUGGAUUUACUUGUAAUUUUAGUUAAUUAAAUUAAAGUAAUUAUGUGUUUGUUAAAUUUAGGCACUUUUGUCAUUCUGUAUUUUCACUGCAUUAAUUUCCAGUUUUAUUAAAACUAUAUCCAUUUUAUUUCAAUUGUGGCAGUUUUGGUUCUCCGUAGUUCUGUCUCCGCUACGCUUAAUUACGCGCAUAGAUCAUGUUCUAUUAAAUUUAAAACUGCGGACAGGUUCAAUCAGCGAUGUAUGCUUUUUCAUUCGCUCGAUCUGAUUGGUUAGAUCUAUAGGUGUGUCAAGGGGCGUUUCCUGGGGAGGAGAACCGCAGCUUUUGACAGUGGAGGGAGGAGGAAGAGGUGACGCUUCAAGGUCCUGACGGAUCCGGUCACAGGACCAAAACACCUCCCUCCCUCUCUCAUCUGGUCUCCGACAGACUUUCAACAUAAUCUGGAAAUGCUUCGAGUGGCAGCGGCUGAGUCUGGAGAGUGAUGGGUAAUCCCUAUAAGUUUGGAUCCCCGAUCUUCAACAUGGCCGCCGAACUCUACAGCCCCCCAUCGCCUCUUGGGGAAUCCCUCCUGGACAGUACGCUGUGUGGAGACCUGAUAGAGAAUCUUCCUGACUUUUCCCAGUCAAUAGAAGACGACUCUCUGGGAUUUGAUUUUCCAGAGUACCAAACCAUUGGUUCUGGGCCCAGCAGCUCCAUCCCAUUGGAUACUCUGACUCCGGCCUCCAGUCCUUUGCCUGGGGAGUGCGGCGCAUCGCUUUGUCCAGACGAGAAUAUCAGCCCCCUUAACCUCGAGUGCAGGGUGUGCACAGACAAAGCUUCAGGCUUUCACUAUGGAGUGCAUGCAUGUGAGGGCUGCAAGGGUUUCUUUCGGAGGACCAUCAGACUGAAGCUGGAAUACGAUAAGUGUGAACGCAGCUGUAAGAUCCUGAAGAAGAAUCGAAACAAAUGCCAGUACUGCAGGUUCCAAAAGUGUGUGUCUGUGGGGAUGUCCCACAACGCCAUCCGGUUUGGUCGCAUGCCCCAAGCAGAGAAGCUGAAGCUCAAGGAGGAAAGCAAGGUUGUUGAAACAGAAGAAGAAGAUCCGGUCAAGGCCGACCACAAGAUCCUGGUCAGGAUCUUGACCAGCGUGGCUUUCCCAGUCAGCGUUAGUAUAAAAGUAAAAAUCUGUGGAAUACUGGAUGGACUAUUUCUGCUUUUUAAACCUUUUAUCAUCCAUGACAUGGAGACGUUUCAGCUUGCCGAGAAGACCCUGGCGGCCCACAUGGUAAGGACUGAAUCUGCGGAGCCCGACCUCCAUCUUCAAACCGGACAGAUAAUCCCAGCGCUGGUUUGUGAGGAGCUCCAGCAACGGGAGGCAGAGGCCAGGCUCUUCUACUGCUGCCAGAGUACCUCAGUGGAGACGGUCACAGAGCUAACAGAGUUCGCUAAAGCUGUGCCUGGCUUUCAGAGCUUGGAUUUGAAUGAUCAGGUGACUCUCUUGAAAUAUGCGGUUUAUGAAGCCCUUUUCACCCUUCUGGCCUCAUGUAUGAACAAAGAUGGCCUCCUCGUGGCACGUGGUGGAGGCUUCAUCACCCGGGAAUUCCUUAAAGGUCUCCGGCGGCCUUUCAGCGACAUGAUGGAGCCCAAAUUCCAGUUUGCUACUCGUUUCAACUCUCUAGGUCUGGAUGACAGUGACCUGGCCCUCUUUGUGGCAGCUAUCAUCUGCUGUGGAGACCGUCCAGGACUGGUGGAUGUACCGCUGGUGGAGCAGCUGCAGGAAAGCAUCAUCCAGGCCCUGCGGCUCCACCUGCUGGCCAAUCAUCCAGAUGACGCUUUCCUCUUCCCCAGACUGCUGCAGAAGCUGGCUGACCUCAGGGAACUGGUAACAGAGCACGCACAGCUGGUUCAGGAUAUCAAGACAACAGAGGACACUUCACUGCACCCGCUCCUGCAGGAAAUCUACAGAGACAUGUAUUGACAGAAUGAGUUAGAGUUCAUAUUAUUGUUCAGAAAUUGAAAGUGCAGUUAAAUUAUGCGCACAUUCUUCAAGCACUGAUUAAAGCCUAACAGUAUGAAACACAGAUGUCCGUAGGUGGGGUUAGAAUAGUCCUAUUUAUUGUGUGUAUUUAUUCAAAUCUGCCUAAUCAGACCUUUUUUUCUAUUUUAGAGAAAUACCUGAAUCUGUGCUGUAAACAUGUGUUUCUUCAGCAGAUAUACGACACAUGACAAUGUCUAAUGUUACGCAUUUAUAUGAAUCUUUCAAAGUGCUGCUUGAAAACUCAGACCUCAGCUUAGGUUGCCUGUAAAAGCAUGUCUUGGUGCGAGUCAUGUGAAUUCAAGUCAAUGGCCAGUAUUAAAUAUUUGCACUAAAAACACACUCAUCUGUUAAACUGGUCCAUGCAGUAUUUUGUAAAUAUAUAAGGAAUACAAUAACGACAGAGGAGGACAGUAAGGCGGCUGCCAAAUAACAAAGAUCGAUGCCUUUUUUUUCUCAUCUGUGACUUUGAAUUAAUCUUGAUGCAGUAAUUAAGUUUUAUAUUCUAUUUUUUUAAAAUCAUGUACAGUACAUGGAAUUGUUUCUGUAAAGUAAUUAUUCUGUAGAAGUAUAAUAUAAAUGAAUAUAUAUAGAAUGUUUGGGUUUUUUUGCAAUGCUGUGAUUUACAUUCAGAUACAUGCCUAUGAAGAUGUAAAUUAUUUAUAUUUUUAACCACAGUCCCAAUUGUUGCAAUGAUACAGAUUUUUUUUUCCAUUCUUGUUUGUCUGCAAAUGAAAUAAUAUUCAAAAAGCAGGACUAUCUGCACAAUCACACUGUCAAGGGGAUUUCUAAUAUAAAUAAACCAUUCUAUUCAGUAAUACCCAAACAAAUAAUUUCAUCCAGACAUGUCAAAUACUCUGUAAAAAAAAAAAAUAAAAAAAAAAUAUAUAUAUACAACACUCUACACAUGUUCAUAUUGUCAGAUAUGAACCAUCUAGACUCAUCAGAGAUCUGCAUAAUCUGCAUUUUCAGACUUUUACUUGGUUUAAAUCAUGUCUCAGAAAUGAUAGUUUUUCCAGACGUGUUAGGGACUGUUCCUGCUCUGUAGUUCCUCACCCUUUUAGGGGUCCAUUUUGAAUCCACUUGCUGUUUAUCUUGUACAUGUUGCCCUUUGGGCUAAUUUUUAGGGAACACAAUGUUUCUUUUUACUGCAAUGCGGUUAGUUUUCUACUCUGUAUGCAUUUUAUUAUUUUGUUUGGCUUAACUGUGAAGUACUUCCAUCAGUUUUUGCUGUUCUUAAAAAUGCUAAUGAAAUAAAUUAUAAUAUGACAUAACACAAAACUA